AUGACUCGAGGCUCUCCAGACCCAACGGUCAUCGUGGAUGGUACCUCUUUUGCCUUGCACGGCAACAAUUUUUCAUACCUCUUCCACGCAGACGAUGGCACUGGCGACCUGCUAUCCGAUCAUUUUGGCGGCAGCGUUACUGGGCCUAUGCCGACCGAUCCAACUCCAAUUGUCAAUGGGUGGACUGGCAUGUCGGGUCGCGUUCGCCGCGAAUUCCCCGAUCAGGGACGGGGGGACUUCCGAAGCCCCGCGAUUCGGAUCCGCCAGUCUGGAGCUCACACUAUCUCGGCUUUACAAUACCAAUCUCAUACAGUUGUAAAAGGCAAACCUGCCUUGCCUGGACUGCCAGCGACUUUUGGCGACGAAAAUGACGUUACGACCAUUAUCAUCCAUCUUUAUGACAAAUACAGUCUUAUCGCUGCAGAUUUGAUGUACUCUGUUUUCCCUCGAUAUGAUGCCAUUGUGCGCAGUGUGACUGUCACGAAUAAGGGCAAAGGGGCGAUUGUCCUGGAGGAUUUAGCGAGUCUUAGUGUUGAUUUGCCUUUUGGAGAUCUUGAUAUGAUCUACCUACGCGGUGAAUGGGCAAGAGAAACACAUCGACAGAGAAGACGAAUUGAUUAUGGGCUGCAAGGAUUCAGGAGCAGUACGGGGUUUUCAUCUCACUCGCAUAAUCCAUUCCUCGCACUGGCACGUCCCUCUACCACCGAGUUCCAGGGCGAGGCGUGGGGCUUCUCACUCGUCUACACCGGAUCGUUUGCCGUCAAUGUCGAGAAGUGUGCACAGGGCAUGACGCGUAUCCUAAUGGGUUUCAACCCUGACCAGCUAUCUUGGUCACUGGGUGCGGACGAGACAUUUACAUCUCCAGAGUGUGUCUCGGUAUACUCUAAGGACGGUCUCGGCGGUGUAUCGCGCUCUCUACACGGCCUGUACCGCAAUCAUCUUGUCAAAAGCCAGUUUGCUACUGCCAACCGGCCUGUGCUUCUGAACAGUUGGGAAGCACUUUAUUUCAACAUUAACAGCAACAACCUCUACCGGAUAGCACAGGAAUCCGCAGCUCUAGGUGUGAAGCUAUUUGUCCUAGACGAUGGGUGGUUUGGCAAGGACUACCCGCGUGUCUCUGAUACAGCCGGCCUAGGCGACUGGGUUCCGAAUCCUGAGAGGUUUCCCGAUGGCCUGGCCCCUUUGGUGAAAGACAUCACAGCUCUCAAAGCGGCCACUUUGAAAUCUACCAAGCCGUCUACGAAUCUCCGCUUUGGAAUCUGGAUCGAACCAGAGAUGGUCAACUCAAAGUCAACUCUCUACCAAGAGCACCCUGAAUGGGCACUCUACGCGGAGGAAUAUCCACGUACUGAACAGCGAAAUCAACUCAUUCUCAACCUUGCGCUAGCUGAAGUUCAGGAUUUCAUUAUCAACUCUGUCUCAGAGCUCCUUAGCAGUGCAGACAUUACCUACGUGAAGUGGGAUCACAACAGAUGCAUGCACGAGACACCUUCUCCCACGACUCACCACGCCUACAUGCUAGGCGUAUACCGCGUCUUCGAGACCUUGACAACGCGCUUCCCCAAUGUCCUUUGGGAAGGAUGUGCCUCUGGUGGCGGGCGAUUCGACCCAGGUGUCAUGCAAUAUUUCCCGCAAAUCUGGACAUCAGACAACACCGACGCGGUAGACCGCAUCUUUAUCCAGUUCGGCACCUCACUUGCAUACCCAGCAAGUUCUAUGUGCGGUCACAUCUCCGCUGUCCCCAACCAUCAAACAGGACGUACUGUCCCAAUGGAAUUCCGCGCUCACGUUGCCAUGAUGUGCGGUUCUUUCGGAUUGGAGCUUGACCCGACCGAGCUACAACCGGAAGAACGGGCCAUUAUCCCUGAUAUGAUUGCAUUGUCCGAAAAGAUCAAUCCCAUCGUGCUAACAGGUGAUAUGUGGCGACUCAGUCUACCAGAAGAGUCGAAUUGGCCUGCAGUGCUGUACAUCUCGAAGGAUGGCUCGCAAGCGGUCUUGUUCCUGUACCAGCUUGGCUCGAAGGUGAACCAUGCCCUGUCGCGGGUUAGGUUGCAGGGUCUGGAUGCUCAGGAUAUGUACUUUGUGGAUGGAGAGGGGCCGUACUCUGGUGGAAUGUUGAUGAGCGUGGGAUUACAAUAUUGCUUUGAGACGGAUUACGCCAGCAAGGUGGUAUUCUUGGAGAAGGAGAGUGUCCGUUGA